GACUGACACACUCGCUGGACAAAAGACUGUGGCCCUUUGUUAGUGGACAUGACUGUUUGUAGGACUUCAUUGCUUGGUCUGCUAACAGGUGUCUGAUGUGUUUCACUAUGAAUGUUUCCUCACUGCUGCUGCCUGGCUUCCUGCUGUUCUUAGUUUUCAGUAUGUGUGAACGACCGGUGGGAGCAAAGAACCAAGAUCCAGCGUUUUCACGUGAGGACCACGGCACUCGCCUCCGAGGCCUCUGGAAGCUGCUCAUGAGGGACUCGCUGCUGAAAGGAAAAGAUUCUAGUCCUCAUCCAAUCAGAGAAGGAGUGAAUCAGAUGCUGCUCUACUGUCGUGUUGGGAUUGGCUACCAUCUCCAGAUUCUGCCAAGCGGCGCUGUGGGAGGUGUCCACAAACCCACACAGUACUGUUGGCUGAAGGUGUUUGCUAUGGACCAUGGAGUAGUUGGAAUCAGAGGAGUCAAGAGUGGCUUGUACCUCUGUAUGAGCGGAGAAGGACUAGCAUAUGGAGUGGAGCAGUUUUCUGACGACUGCCUGUUGAAGGAGAACCUGGAGGAAAAUCACUACACCACCUACUCCUCUCUGGCUCACCCAGGCAUCUAUCUGGCUCUUUCCCAAAAGGGAGAGCUCAAGAAGGGCAACAGUGUGGGCCGGCACCAGUCCUGCACCCACUUUCUACCUCGGAAAACAAUGUGAUCAGCAUUUUCAGAAUUGGAGCCAAAUUAGGAAUAUGGUGGCUCACGAUGCAUCUCCAGCUUGUGAGAAAAGCAAAGACUAGAAAUUGGCCCCCACAUAGCAACUGGUCCUACUGCCACAUGGAAAAACAAACUCACCCAGGACCGUGUCCACAAGACAAAUUGUUGGUAUGUGCUAAGUGUAAGUAAGGACAGUGAACACGACGUCACACUCAUCCACUCAUCCUGCAACUACCUAACUUAAACAUCCUGACACAGUCUGAGGAUCAUUCAACAAACUACGGCUGCUUGUGGUGAACGAUAAUGCAUAUGGUUUACCACCAUGGGACAAAAUACUGUUCAAAGUACAAUUUUUUAUUCUUUUUAAUUUUCAAGAUUGCAUGGGAAAUACAGAAACAAUUCAAAAUAGCUUUUCUUCUUUAAAGCUUUAUUGGCAAUGGAUCUAAUGUGACACCAUGACAUCAAAUAUGUCAGAGCUGUGGUUACCGCUUGUUCUGCUUACAGCUUAUGAAUUGACUUUCAGUGACGAGGAGUCUCCACAAAGUCACCUACAUGAAACUCUGUGAAACUGGCCACAGUUAAGAGUUGUGUUCCAAAUAAGUAGUGUGAAUGAUACAGAAUUCUCUGUAUGUUAGAAAUAUUGAUGGAUGACUAGAUGAAACAGAGUUGAAUGUUCACACAAAACUGGGUUUGACUAUAGGGAAAAGCAAAUGCCUUUUAAAAUGUAAAAGCACUC